AUGUAUUAUCUGGGCUUUAGGCAUGCCUACUGUCGCCGCCGUGUAGCUCUGCACGUUCUAUCUCACUCCCUUGUUCUUUACAGUCCUGCCAUAUUUAGAGAACCUGUUAUUUUCCUCGGCGCCGACGUGACCCAUCCUCCAGCCGGAGACGCCAGUAAACCCUCCAUCGCCGCAGUGGUGGGCAGUAUGGACGCCCAUCCCAGUAGAUACUCCUCCACAGUCCGAGUACAGCAGCACCGACAGGAGAUCAUACAAGAGUUGUCUUCCAUGGUGAGAGAACUCCUAAUUCACUUCUACAAGGCCACGCGCUUCAAACCGACGCGGAUCAUCUUCUACAGAGACGGCGUCAGUGAGGGACAAUUCCAGCAGGUUUUGCAGCAUGAGCUCCGAGCUUUACGAGAAGCCUGUAUGAAGCUGGAGCUGGGAUACCAGCCGGGGAUCACGUUUAUCGUCGUACAGAAACGCCACCACACCCGACUGUUCUGUGCCGAUCGUAAGGACCAGAUUGGUCGGAGUGGAAAUAUCCCAGCAGGCACCACUGUAGAUGUGGGAAUCACUCAUCCAACAGAAUUCGACUUCUACCUCUGUAGUCAUGCUGGAAUACAGGGUACCAGUCGUCCCUCCCAUUACCACGUGCUGUGGGAUGACAACAGAUUUAAUGCUGAUGAGCUACAGACCCUGACAUAUCAGCUGUGUCACACCUACGUACGCUGUACACGCAGUGUCUCUAUACCCGCCCCCGCGUAUUACGCACAUCUAGUGGCAUUCCGGGCUCGCUAUCACCUGGUGGAAAAGGAACACGACAGUGGAGAGGGAAGCCGUCACUCUGAUAACAGCGAGGAUAGGACCCCCACAGCCAUGGCCCGCGCCGUGACCGUGCAUCCAGACACAACUAAGGUCAUGUACUUCGCCUGAUCUGGGAACCAACACAACAUGACCUUGACCUGAACAUUGACAUGUGUCCAGGAAAAGGGAGACAAUUUUGUGUAUCCUUCCCUAACAUAGGGAGGUAGACUUCCCUGAUUUUUAGAGGGAGGUUUUGUGUUUAGGGCAGGUAGUGAUUAGAUUUGACUUUUGUUAGGAUGACUAUGGGGUAUUAACUGUAUUUAUUUUAUAGAAUUGUGCUUUUAUUUUUUUUUUUUAACAAGAAACCAUUCUGACUUGGUAGAGCGUACAUUCCACUGUGUCUAUGAUUUUUUAACAAAAUGAAGCAUCUUUGACCUGAUACUAGCAGCUUUUUGUUGCCAGCAAAGAUGCAUGUGGUGCUUAAAGGCUCAAAAUAGAUAUUUCUGCCAUAACUGAGAAAUCUCUCAGACAAACUUUGUUGACGAAAGAUGCCAUUUCAUACGAAGCAUAUCUACAUUUUAGUCAUUCCAUGUAUUUUGGGUGUAAUCCCAUUUUUGGCACAAUACUCCUACUCCCCAUUAGCUUAGCAUAUCAUUUGUUGUAAUAGCUCAGUGUUUAUUUAUGUUUUUAACUUGCCAUAGUUUAUUUUAUAGUCCCACCAAAGGAGAGGUCCACCAAUAUAUAGUCAACUAAAAUUACCACCUACCAAGGGAGUUAACCCAGUCCUUUUUAUUUGCUAUCACUUUAUUUCCUUUUUCGUAGUCCCGUUGUGUACAGGUGACCUAUUUAUUUCUCUGUGACAUUGUUUUAUUAUGAGUCUGUUUUUUAUGACUUGGGGAGAUUCCAGUCAAGUAAAACCCCCCUGUGACCUUAUGACCCUGCAUAAUUAGUCUAGUCAUGUUGUGUAAUGAGCAUAUCAUGUCGUCAUGGUGAUGUUGUAACCAUAUCAAUGAGCCUUCCAGACGGUUGGGGACGCAGCAUUCUACUGUCUACUUAUUGAUGACGGCCCGCCUUGCCUGUGAUACGCCCCAGUGAUUAUCACGGUUGGCUGGUUUCUCGGUGUUGUGUUUCAUCCCUCUCAGUCCCACAGUUACAGCAGGCGUGGUAGGUGCUAUUUAUAAGUAUUCUGAAGUGCCCUCUCUCCUGUUUUUGACAAUCUCCAAUAUAUCUCUGCUGAUCCUUCUCCCACUACAAACUGUGUGCAAUAAUCGGGGCUCCCAAGCACAAUAAUUAUCAAAAGUUGCCGAACCGUGACAAAUUGUUGUAUAUAAGAAGUGCUCAACAUACUCUGUAUAGUUAGGGAGAUUUUUAUUGUUAAACUGAUUUUAAAAUAUUUUGAAAAGAAAAUCCUGAACUGUGUUCUAUGCAACUCCCACUGGAAAAGUAACAAAGCCAAAUGUUUGACCCCUCUCAGGGUAUUGGGGAUAUUUACAGUUAUAAGUAGGUAAGGGACCCAUGCAAUAAAAUUCCCUCAUUACCAUUUUAGCAGAACUCAUUUAAGCCUUUUAUGUGUAAACUAUUAUAUUUUAAUUUGGUAGAAAUAAAAUUUGUCCAAUGUAAUUAGGUGAAAAACCAUUGAAGAUAAUACAGUAUGUUGGUAAAAAUAUCUUGACAGAUUUGCUUACAAUUGUGCAUUAUGAUUUCAAGAUGUUCAAUAUUGUGUGGAGUGGAUCUCAAAAUUUUUAUCACGUAUCAUUGUCCAAUAUCGUGCCAUGCCAGUAACCAUUAUCUGAAAUACCAACAGUUAUGAUAUCCAAUGACCCUAACAACCUAAAAAUCAGAGGGUGGGGUUAGGCCUAUAGUAUUUUUGUAGAAAAGAGGCAGAGAUUGCUAUGUAUUUAUUUAAAUGCUUCACUAGUCCAAGUAAGAUAUAUUCGUUGAGAGAUUACGCUAUUAAUAGUCCGGGGAGAUUUGUCUUUUUUAACUCGUGAUGUACCAAAGUUGGCAUCGUGUCCUAGUGAUAUUUAUAAGCAGCAUAUUUAUGUAUGACCUCUUAUUGCCCUCAUUAAUCAUGGUUGUUGAAGAGAGAGGACUCAAGCACAAUUAUUUAUUUUCUGCAAUAACCUUCAACAGAGGAAAUUCAGGUCUGUCCUCUCUCGCUUUGUAAGGAAUGUGUUAGUGAGCAUGCUCAGAUCUCGUGUGAGUGUACACCGUUACUGGGCAGCCAGUGCGACCUUGACAUAACCUUGGUGUGCAGUUGACCAAUCAAAAUUGAGAGCAGCUCACUACAACAGGAAUAGAGUUGAUGAUUAUAUUAUAAAUUCUAUGUAUUGUGGGCAGUACUGGCCACAGAUCAUGUUUCCAUUGUUCAUUGUGUACAGAUCCUUAUGUUAACUUUGUGUUGUUUUGAUAGCUAUUAUUAACUUUGCAUCUUAUAAGUUGUGAUGACCUGAUCUUGUGCUCCAAUAUAUUUACUAGCAAUGCCCCCCCCCCCCCCCCCUUUUAAGCUUUAGCUCGGUAAAUCAACAUCACAUGUAUAAAGAUGUUUUAGAAUAAGUCCCUAUCUACCCCGAUUGUGUUGACAUUGGUUCAUUGCCUAGAGCUGAAAUGAUAGCAUUGAAUUGUUUAACCAACUCAGAUAUAAAUUUGUAUUAAGAGAAAUGAGAUCUUCUAUGGACACACAACUGUUGAUUCUAUUUUAUCAUUUUUUUGUCAUGAUUGUAUUUUAUAAUGUCUUACUGGUCUAAAUUUUUGUUAUUAUGCAAUCACUGAGGGCUGUGGUUAUAUUAUAUAUUGUAUAUUGUGAAUGUUUCUGUUUUUUAUGAUGAUGCCCCAUGGUGCUAGGAGAAAAGGUCAUAUAAAGUUGCGCUUUAAUCAUCGAUAUAACACUUCUAUCCUGAACAAAAUUCUCUGCUCUCUCGUGCAGUCAGAAAUCACAAAUUAAUGAACUACAAGGUUUUAUCCUGUGUCGCAAAUCUCUGUUCUCAUUUUACUGGUGUUGUGUUUUAUUUUAUCUUGUACACCAGACUUAUUGUUAAAUUAUUUAAAACCAGAUAAGAGGUCAUUUUGGGGUAAAGACAAGGUAUUCUGAAUCUUAAGGUCUGAUUAAAAUAACAAUGUAUUAAUUUAUGCAUUGCCUUUUGCCAUGCAUUUUUUAUUGCAAUUUUUUUUUUAUUUAAUUUUUUAUUUUGGUAACUAGCUGGUCAUUCUCCAGUUAUUUUUGUACUCCAAAGAAGUAGAUCAAAUUUUUUUUCUGGGAUUGACGUAUAAUCAAUGGAAUGAAAUUUUUUUUAUAUCUGACCAAAAAAAAUGUAAUUUUCAAUUCUUUUAGAUCUUUAGGAAGCCCAGAUCUGUCUAAAACUUUUAAACUUUUUUCUUCAAAACUAAGUAAGGAAAUCUCUGAAAAUUUUACUUCUACCAAAAGCCAAACCAAAAGUGAGUAGCCUUCUCCUAUGCAAGAUCUCUGUACAAGCAGUAUUGUUAUGUUUAAAUCCCUGAUAACUCACCGGGCAGAUGGGCAUUUAGUUGUAUGAACUUAGCAAUAUCAGUGGAUCUAUCAAGAUUAUAAAUCCAUGUUUAUGUUACAAUGACCUGUAAACAGUUGUGACAGAUGAAAGUUGUGAUGGGGAAUAGUCAUGUGAUCCGUGUUUUUGAGCAGGGUGAUCUAUUUAUAUACACUGUGAAAAAUCUUUUCUUUUUUUAGUCAAAAUGGGUAAUUUUUGAUCAUUCAAGAACAAAUAAGAUGCGCCACUAUUAUUCAUAUAAAGGACUUCUAAUAUUUUUUAUCCUAAAUUUUCAUUUUAAAGAAUAGGACAGAGUUGAACAGGGUAUAUUUUACUGAUCAAAGUUAAAGUCCAAAGGCUCUUUUUAAUUUUAAUUUUUCUACUUUUUAAGUAUAUACAAAAACCACAAAAUACCAACGAACCUUUAAUGGAAGAUAAAAACAGAGAAAGCAUUGAACAGAGUGGUAGAAGUCCUUUAAGGGUUUAAUACAAAGAAUUUGAUCAAAAUGAAGAAGUAAUUAAGAACAAAAGGUUCACAGUGACUUUUACCCAGUGUUUUAUACGUUUAGGAUGAUAUGUAAGCAAUAUUUCGAGCAAUAGACACCGUACAGAUUAUGGUAGAAAUCUAUACUUGAUUAACUUUGCCACUGGUGUUUGCUUUUAAAAUUCUAUAGUAUUUUAAGAAAUGAAUAAAUCAUUGUAUAUCUUGAUUUUA